CACAGAAACACACUCUGGGUGCAGUGAGGGUCUGUGUGCUCUCCUCUCAGUCCUCGCUCGGCUCAUCAUGGAGUUACUACACUUUGCUCUCGUCGUUGCAGUCACCGCCUGCUCAGUGAGAGUUUCUCAUCAAGGUCCAAGCCAGCGGAGACUGCUCAACGAUCUGAUGAAUUCAUACCUGCCAUUGGAGCGACCAGUCCAAAAUGAUACUCAAACUCUCACCGUCAGCCUCGGCCUCAGCCUCAUGCAGAUCAUGGAUGUGGAUGAGAAGAACCAGGUUUUAACCACCAACAUUUGGCUGCAACUGUUCUGGAAUGAUAUUUACCUCCAGUGGAAUCCAGAGGAGUAUCCAGGGGUGACCCAUUUGAGAUUUCCGGAAAAUCUCAUUUGGAAGCCAGACAUUCUGCUCUAUAACAGCGCAGACGAGAGGUUCGAUGCUACGUUCCACACCAACAUUUUGGUCAACUCCUCGGGCGGCUGUUCCUUCAUACCUCCAGGGAUCUUCAAGAGCACCUGCAACAUCGACGUGCGCUGGUUUCCUUUUGACGUGCAGAAAUGUGAACUGAAGUUUGGCUCCUGGACGUACGGCGGCUGGUCUCUGGACUUGAAGAUGGUGGAGCCAGAUAUCACCGGCUACAUCGCCAACGGAGAGUGGGAUCUUGUUGAGAUUACAGGACAGAAGAACGAACGCUCCUACGAAUGCUGUCCGGAGCCGUACCCCGAUGUCACCUUCACCCUGGUGAUGCGGAGACGGACCCUCUACUACGGCCUCAAUCUGCUCAUCCCGUGCGUCCUGAUCUCCACUCUGGCUCUGCUCGUCUUCCUCCUGCCUGCUGACUCUGGAGAGAAGAUCUCACUGGGCAUCACAGUGCUGCUCUCCCUGACUGUCUUCAUGCUGCUGGUUGCAGAGAUUAUGCCUGCCACUUCCGACUCAGUGCCUUUAAUAGCUCAGUACUUUGCCACGACCAUGGUCAUCGUCGGCGUCUCAGUCAUUGCUACAGUUCUGGUUUUACAGUAUCAUCACCAUGACCCCAACGGAGGCAAGAUGCCGAAAUGGACCCGCGUGAUCCUGCUGAACUGGUGCGCCUGGUUCCUGCGCAUGAAGCGUCCUGGUGAGGAUCGAGUCCACUCAGCCUGUCACGACAAGGCCCAGCGGAGCAGCCUGAGCAGCAUGGAGCUCACUGCGAGCACCCCGGCCUCCCACUCCACCAACGGCAAAACCCUUUAUGUUGGCGCCACCUCGCCGGACUCCGUCGCCCUGUGUGGACGCCUGCCUGGACGCACGGGUGAAGAAGAGAUUCUCCUCCCCAAAGCUCAGGGCUCCUUGGUGGGCGGCGUGGAACCAGAGCUGGCCAAGAUCCUGGAGGAGGUGCGUUACAUUGCCAAGCGCUUUCACGACCAAGACGAGAAUGAGUCGGUGUGCAGCGAGUGGAAAUUUGCCGCGGCUGUGAUUGACAGGCUUUGUCUCAUGACUUUCUCAAUCUUCACAAUCCUCUGCACCAUCGGAAUCCUUAUGUCAGCGCCCAACUUUGUCGAGGCCAUCUCUAAAGACUUUUUCAAUUAAGGGCCUCAUCUGAAAACACAGUUAAUGCCUGAUUGGAAGUAAACAUUUAAACCAACCACAAUUGGCACAGACGAUCAAUUUGGAAACUCAUGGGGCAGAUAUAUUUGGAUUCAGUCACGUUGUACACGACCAAACAUUUAACCAAAUUAAUGACUUGGUGAAAAUGAGUUGCUUUUGCCUUUUAUAUAACAAUAUACACUUAAAUAUACAAGUUAACAUUGACUGAAAAACAAUUACACUGCAGAUCAUAGUGUGAGUAAUGUAAUUUGAUGGCUGACAGAGGGUUGUGGUUUGUUAUGUGUUGUUGUAUUCAUUACAAUGUGUCUAAUAAAAUAUAUUCAUGGAAUGAAACAUAACAGCUACAAUAUCUAGUAUUGAAAGAAAUCACUUGUAUCUCAUGAAUACUCAAAUAUAUCUCAAAAAUCUUUUGUGAUGUUGUCACUUUUCUAUAAAGACAAAUUAUUAUUGAUUAUGGCGAUAAGCAUAACCCCAAACCUUGAUUUAACCAUCUUCUUCUUCCAGACCUGUCUUACUUUUUGUGACAAUUAAAGAAUGUAUCUCUAAAAUAAUGGUUUUAAUGUCAACUCAUUUCAGUUUAUUUCACUCUCCUGUGAUGCUAAACAAAUAAAUGUAUCUUCUUCAUUUUAAUGGGACAGCAUUUUAAGUGUUUUCUU